AUGCAUUCAUCAAAACUAUGGUCAAAAACAACUGAACCCACAUCUUAUGAACAAAUUUAUCAAUAUGUUGAACAAGCUCUUGAUGAAUGUUCAGCAUUUAUUGAUGAUGCUGAAAAUGAUUAUUUUCAAGGAUCACCAACAUUAAGUAUAACAGCAUCAACAAAUCAAUUUACAAAUCGACCAUUAUCUGUUAUAACACUUCAAGCAUGGUCACAACCAUUAAAUAAAUUACGUGAAGCACGUUUAUUACAUGAUAUUCGUAAUGGUAAAACAAUACGUGAAUUACUUAGUGAAGCAAAGACAGGUACAUUAUAUGGACCUGUAACAAAUGAAAGUGUAUCAUUAAUGAAAAGAAUUUUGGAUAAAACAACAGAACAACUCUAUUCAAAAAUACCAAUAUUAAUAGAUAAAAUAACUGAUUUGAUGAAUUUAAUGGAACAAUAUUUUCUUUCAUUUUAUGAAAUUGAACAUAUACAAGAUAUUAUUCAAAAUAAAAGAAAAGAAAAAGUACCUGAUGAAUAUCUUGAAACAGCAUAUACUUAUGAAAAAUCUCGUUGGUUACAUAUGUUUGAAGUAAAUAAAUUUCUGAAAAUUCUACGUGAAAUACCACAACGUGUUGAAGAUGUGAAAGGUGUUGCACUUUCAACAUUAUCAAAAGAAAGUCAAGAAUUAGCUCUUCGUUGUGAUUGUACAUCACUUUCAUAUAUACUUAUUUUACCUGAAUGUUAUUAUGAAGCACGACAAGCUUUAGAUUCACUUCGUACAUGGCUAAGUGAAGAUACAAAAUAUAAUGAUUUUAUUCAAACAUCGCUUAAAUUACUUGAAGAAAAAUAUCUUGAAGCAAAAAAAGCUUUUGAAAUGAAUAAAACUCAAUUAAGUCAAAUUGAACGUCGGGCUGAAUCACAUCGUUUUCAAUUAAAUAAACUUGAACAAGAAAAUGAGAUUAAUGAAAAAAAAUAUGAAGAAUUUGAAACACGUCUCAAUGUCAAAGAACGUGAAUAUAUUUCCAAACGUUUAACAUAUGAAGUCUAUGAAGAACAACUUAAUAAAUUUCUUCAAAAAUCUAAAGAAACACCAGAUAAUACUGAUAAUCAUGUUGUAAUUGAAAAAUUUCAAAAAGAUUUAAAACAACUUUCAAAAGAAUUACCUAAAUUAAAAUCACAUGUUGAUGCUAUUCAAACACGUAUAAAUUAUUUUCAAAAACGUAAAGAUGAAUUAAUAGAAAUGCGUCAUGAAAGUAAAAAACUUGAACAAGAAAUACAAUUAGUAUUAGAAGAUAAAAUUCUUAAAGAAAAUUAUUUUAAUCGUACACAAAAUUGUCGUGAUAUUAUACGUAAUAUUUAUAAAUGUCGAAAAACAAAUGAUUUACCACAGAAAAUUUUUUAUGAUCUACCAGUUCAAAUAAAACAUUGUGGAGAAAAUGAAGAUGACUAUCUUUCCAGAGCAAUACGUCUUAUAUCAAAAUAUAUUGGUCGUGAUUGGAAUCGAUUCUAUUGGCAAUUACCAUUUUAUCCUACACGUGGUCAAGAAGAAAUAUCCAAAGAUAUAAAACAUAUCAAUGAAAAAUAUCAACGUGGAGAUGAUCAAGCAAUGGAUGCAUUAACUAAAUGGCGACGUUUUCAUACACGUGCUAAAGUUGAUGAUCUUAUUCAUGGACUUGAACAAAUUCGUCGUUUUGAUAUUAUUCAAAUAAUUGAACGACGUGUACUUAAACCAAAACAUUCAUUAAAUGUCGAUCAAGAAGAAAUUGAUCCAAGAAAAAAAGAAAUUGAAGAUUUAAAUCGAAAACUCAAUCGAUUAUUCGAUAAAAUUCGAUCAGGCACUAUUAGUACACGUGACACGUAUGUUUAUUCAACCAUGGGACUUGAUCCAUUGAGACCGUCAACUAAAUCGGCUAGUUUGAGCCGAGCAAGUGAUCUUAAUUCUGUUCGUUCAAUAUCAGCUAAUUUGGAAAAAUCUCUAGAUGAUUAG